AUGACAGAUGUUCCAGCUACACUCAGUGGGGCUGAGUGCAAUGGGGAUAGGCCCCCUGACAAUAGUCAACAGCACACCUAUAAAAUCAAUGAGGAAACAACUGAUAUGGACGGGUCCCCACCAUGCUCCAGGCUUGAAUCCAGUCUUGAUUUAUCUCCAAAAGAAAAUCAGGAAGAAAGUGGAAAAUCUCAAGGGAGCAUGCUAACCAAAUGGCCCAUGGGUGAGAAGAUUCAAAUGGAAAGCCCAGAAGAGAACCUUCUUGUUGUUCAUAAGGCCAUCACAGAUCUUACUCUUCAAGGAACAAGUGCUGAGGAAAUGGCAUUCAGAGAAGGGCAUCAGUGGGAGAAGAUUCCUCUGAGCAGAAGCAACCAGGAAGUAAGUAGACCAAAGGAAAGGAUUACUGAAAGGCCUGUAGAAGAGCGAGAAGAUCAGAAGAAAGCUUUCCAGGCAACUGAAAUUGAAUGGUUGGGAUUUCGGAAACCCAGCCAAGUUGACAUGUUGCAUUCUGAACACGAUGAAGAGAAAGACGUGUGGAACGACGAAACUAAUGAUGGGGAUGAUUGCGAUGGGGAUGAAGACGAGGUUCGAGUUAUAGAGUUUAAGAAAAAAUAUGAAGAAAGUUCUCAAUUAAGAGAGGAAGGCAGUGCAAGUGAGGACUCUCCGUUGAGCAGCCCGGGUUCCCAGCCCGGGACUCCUGAUGAGCAGCCCAUGUUGGGAAAGAAGGGUGAUGUCUCCAGGAAUGCAUAUGCGAGAUACAACACAAUAUCCUAUCGGAAAAUUAGGAAGGGGAAUACCAAGCAAAGAAUUGAUGAAUUUGAGUCAAUGAUGCAUUUAUAA